GUGACCUUGAACUUGCUGUGAGGCUCAGGUUGGCCUUGAAUGUGAGAUCCUUCUGCCUCAGCUUCUGAAUGCCAUAUCAUCAACUUUGAGUUGCUGAGUGGAGAAGGCACCAUUGCCAUCCCUGUAUAUAAAACUUGACAUCUCAGUAACUAAGAUUCUCAGAACACAUCUGUAUCAGAGACAGUGGGCAGUAAAUAGAUGGAGCCAAAGAGGAGUCAGACCGGACGCUUCUUCAAGAGCUCCCAGCCUGCUAAGAGAAAGCAGGCUGCUACCAUGAACGUGACCAAGAAGGUGGCAGAGCUCCUGCCUUUGAGCCACCAGGACGAACUAGUGGAGUUGCCAGACCACUACCCAUUGAGUACAAGUGAAGAUGAGGGGGGCAGUGAUGGAGAGAGAAAAUGUCAAAAGCUUCUGGAAGCAGUCAGUUCCCUUGGCGGAAAGAAGAGUUGGAAAUUGGCAGAGAGAUCGGAGGCUAGUCUGAUGGUGUCCGAGUUCAAUGUCACUUCUGAAGGGUCAGGUGAAAAGCUGGUUCUUUCAGAUUUGCUGGAGUCUGCUACAGCAUUAUCUCCGUUGGCUGCUGUGAAAAAGCAAUUGCUUAGGGCCAGGUCAAAGACUCUUGCAGUACCCCUUGACAAAAAAGAGGCUGACCAGAUCCUCAGGGAAGCAGCAUUCAGCAAAACCUCACAGAUGCUCUCCAAGUGGGAUCCCGUUGUUCUGAAGAACCGGCAAGCAGAACAGCUGGUUUUUCCUAUGGAGAAGGAGCCGCCAGCUGUUGCUCCCAUUGAACAUGUAUUCACUGACUGGAAAACAAGAACUCCCCUGGAGCAAGAAGUUUUCAACCUCCUUCACAAGAACAAGCAGCCAGUGACAGACCCUUUAUUGACUCCCAUGGAAAAAGCCUCCCUUAAAGCCAUGAGCCUGGAAGAAGCGAAAAUACACCGAGCAGAGCUCCAGAGGACGCGGGCUCUGCAGUCCUACUAUGAGGCCCGAGCUCGAAGAGAGAAGAAAAUCAAAAGUAAGAAGUAUCACAAGUUUAUAAAGAAAGGCAAAACCAAGAAAGCCUUGAAAGAGUUUGAGCAGCUAUGGAAGGACUGCCCAAGUGCUGCAUUGCAAGAACUGGGAAAAAUGGAAGAGGCCAGAAUGAUGGAGCGCAUGAGUCUGAAGCACCAGGGCGGUGGGAAAUGGGCCAGGUCAAAGGCAAUUAGGGCCAGAUAUGACCUGGAGUCCCGCAAAGCUAUGCAGGAACAAUUGGCGAAGAACAGAGAACUGACACAGAAACUCCAGGUAGUUUCGGAGAGGGAGGAGAAGGAGGAGGAAGAGGAGGAGGAAUGCACCAAAGAGGGAGUAAUCCCUGCCUCUGAUGGAAUGAACGACCUACAGAUAGAUGCAGCUGGUCGAAAUCCCUGGAUGCUCAGGAGUUGCAACAGCCAUGCAACAAGGGGUGAGAUCAAGACCGACCCUGGACAGCUGCCCGAACUGGUGGCCGAUGGGGCUUCUGAAAGUGAGAGAGAUGAGAAACCAGUGGCUGAAGAGCUUCUGGUGAAGGAAAAAGUCUUUCAAGAAAGAGUUGAGCCCAACAACGCUAAGCCAGUGGGUGGCCAGGAAACGGAAGACUCUGAUGGCCAGGAGGUAUUAUCUGAAUCGAGGGUAUUGCUUCAGAAACUCCACAAGGAAAACCAUCAAUCUGAGCAGCAAAAAGGGAGUUCAGUGGGAACUGCUCUCCAGACCCAGAGAGAGGAACUUGCUCUGGAGGAGAGCCUGAUGCUUCAAAGGCUAGAGAGAGCACCUGUUCUGGAAGAACAAGGAGAGUUGAGCAAAGAGGGACAUUAUCCAAAAAAGGGGCUUCCCAGACCUAUGGUAAAAGGAGAGGGGAAGGAGAGGAACCCACCCAGUAUACCUGAUGCCUCCAGAAAGAAGAGAAAAAAGGAACCAAUGAUUGAUCUACAGAAUCUCCUAACUACUAGACCUUCUGUGAAGUCUUUGGCAGUGCCCACAGUAGAGGAGUUAGAAGAUGAAGUGGAGACAGACCACAAGCAGAUAAUAAAGGAAGCAUUUGCUGGGGAUGAUGUCAUCAGAGAAUUCUUAAAAGAGAAAAGGGAAGCUGUAGAGGCGAGUAAACCAAAGGAUGUGGACCUGACAUUGCCUGGAUGGGGUGAGUGGGUUGGUAUAGGUCUGAAGCCCAGUGCCAAGAAAAGACGCCGUUUUCUCAUUAAAGCUCCUGAAAGUGCUCCAAGAAAAGACAAGAAUUUGCCAAAUGUGAUUAUCAAUGAGAAGCGCAACAUCCAUGCAGCAGCUCAUCAGGUGCGGGCUGUUCCGCACCCAUUCACCCAUCACCAGCAAUUUGAAAGGACCAUCCAGAACCCUAUUGGGUGCACAUGGAACACCCAGAGGGCCUUUCAAAAGCUGACAGUUCCCAAGGUUAGCACCAAACUAGGCCAUAUUAUUAAGCCCCUAAAGGCAGAAAAUGUGGGCUACUGCUCCUCCUCAAGGUCCGACCUUUCUGUCCUACAGAGCAAUCGGAAGCAGCUCUCCAAAAGGCAGCAAAAACAGCUGAAGAAAAGCUCUGCAGAUUGAGCUGCCGGGAGACUAGAAUCUUUGUUCCUGGGACUAGGAACCUUGAGUGUUUCUCUUGGUUGCUUCAUGGUGCUUCAGGGGUAUUUCCUAAAUUGACAGAACACUUUGUAGUUAAACCACAUUAUAGAAAUAAGACAUUUUGUCUAGUAAAGAGCUUCCAUCCCAUUUUGAGAUAAGUGAUAAAGACAGAAAUGAUUCAUUCAUGGGAAAAAUGACUACCAUAAGUUAGAGUACCUAUGUGUAGUACCUAUCCUAGGAUUAAAGAGGGAUCACUGAGUGGACAGAGAAAUUCAGGCUGGGAUAAGGGAGAGGAAGUAUGAGCAGCAAAGAGUGCUCAAUUAGUUCAGAUAUUAAGUUAAUAGCUUCUAAUGUGGCUUAUACAUGUAAUCCAGCAUUCUGAGAGGCUGAGGCAGAAGAAUUAUUUACUUGAGUGAGAACUUGGCUUACAAAACAACCCCGAAAGUAUUUUAGGAAGAGUUAAUAGACAAAAAUUAACACAUUUAGAGAUUUGGAGAACACAAUGAGAAUAGAUAGAGGUGACUAGAGUUUAUUUAAGAAUAAAGUGUAACAGAAUUGGGAGGAUUGAAAAGUCAGUUGUGGAGGGCCUUAAAUGCUUUGCAGAGGAAUUUGGGAUUACAUUUUAUUUCUUUUCUCUUAGGCAAUGUAGAGCAAGUAGGAUUUGUAUAGGGGAUAGAUGUGGUGACCUUUAUGUUAAAGGAAUGUGGGUGCCAAGCUGGCAGUGUGCAUGCAGGAUUUACUGAUGGGGAUGAGAGUUAAAGACCUCAGCUGUAGAAGUUAGAGUGAGCAUGGGCAGGAGGGUGGAUGAUAGGAAGUGGAACAAUCACUUGGCAAGAGAUCUGGAGAAUAAAGGGCAAAGGGAAUUUUACUACAUGCUUUGAAGUUUUGAGAGGGUUUUGGACCUGGGAGGAUUUAGCUUUCCAUUUAUUUAUUUUUGGAAAGAUGAAAGGUGGAGUGAUAAGUGUGAAGUGAAGCUGAGCAUAAUGGGAUAGUCCUUUCAAUCCCAGCACUUGGGAGCAGGCAGAAGCAGAAAUGGAUAGCUGCAAGUUCAAGGCCGGGAGGGUCUACAUAGUUCCAGGUAAGGAUCUCAUCGUUAGGGAUCUUUUAGUAAGUGAUGGCUAGAGUGGGCAGUGAGGGAGUGGCAAAGCUGGGUUUAGAGCUUUAUAGACUGGCAAGAACCACUCAGUAAGACACAUGAAAUGACUUCCUCUAGUUAGCCCCCACUAAGGCAUUGUCUGGAGAGGCUUCAGCUAAAUUAGGUCCCAAAAUGUGUGACAUUGACCAGGGUUAACUACAGCUAUCUCCUUGAGGAUAGGAAUAGAGACUCUUGAGGGGGAGGUCAUGUUUUGGCACUUGGUGCUCAAGACUUUUUCCCUCAAGAACAUGGCUGCCAAGAAUCCAUCUGUGAGUCUUUGGGACCAGAUCAAUGGGACAAGUGAGGCUAGAAAGGGAUGGUGUUCAGAGUGGGGGUCGUGGAGAGCAGAUCAAUGGAUGAAGGGCUUUGAGGUAUUCAGCCCAUUGUAACUAUUCAUUUUUAAAAUAUUGAAUUAGUUUUCUGUUGAUGGGGAUCUUGUUCUUGGGAUCCACAAAUCAAACUCUUUUGGGUCCCUGCUUUUUACUUCUUUAAUUUGAGUCACUUCAAUAAGGCAGUGCUCUGUAGGGUAUUUAUAUAUUUUAUAUUUUAUAUAUUAUAUAUAUUUAUUAUAUUUUAUAAUUAUAUAUAUAAAAAUAAAAGGAUUAUAGGAAAAGUCAUUUAAAUUACUAAAUUUUGUUUUUUCUUCUCCCACUAAUUGGGCCUCAAACCUUGGCCUCAGCCAGUCUAGGCAAGUGCUCUACCACUGAGCUACAUCCUCAGUUUUGUUUCUUUUUCUUUUUUGGAGAGGGUCUUAAUCUGCAUCUUAGACUGGCUUUGACCUUGAUGUGUAGCCCAGGCUGGCAGGCUGGCCUUGAGCUCUAUCCUGCCUCCCCAGGAAACCUCUGGGAUUAAUAAUCUAUUUCUAUGAUACUGGGAUUGAACUCAUGGCCUAUGUAUGCUAUUUAUGAGCUCUGUUGAUGAGCUAUAUCUGCAGCUGCCUCCCUACAUUUAGAACUAGAUCUCCCCGACCCCCCACCCAGGGAACCCCCCCUCUCCCUUUUUUCUGUUUUUGGUUUUUCGAGACAGGGUUUCUCUGUGUAACAGUAGUGACUGGCCUGGAACUCACUCUGUAAACCAGGCUGGCCUCAAACUCUCAGAGAUCCGCCUGCCUCUGCCUCCCAAGUGCUGGGAUUAAAGUCGUGGUUCACUACUGCCUGGCUCCUUUAUUUUUAAGACAGGGUCUCAUUAAGAUACCCAGGCCAGGAUUGAGCUCAUUAUGUAGUUGAGGUAGUCCUUGAAUUUAGAAUCUUACAGCCUAAGCUUCCUGAGUAGCCAGGCUUAUAGGCAUGUAUCACUGUGCCCAGUAACUCAUUAUUCAACAUCUCUAAUUCACCCAUGUGUUUGUUUUUCCAUGCCUGCCUGCCUGCCCAUCUAUCCAUUCGUUCAUCCACCCACCCACUCACUCAUCCAUGUGAUUUGUGUUUCACCAGGUUCUGUGAUGGUGGCCACUAGGGAUGGAAUAAUGAGUAAGAGACAUUGUUCCUUCAUGCAUAGAGAAGAAGAUGGAUAUUAAACAGUUUUAUAAACAAUCAUUUAAUUAUAUAGCAUAACAGGUACUGCUAAGGCAAAUGUAGAAGGUGGUGAGAGUGGAAAACUCGGAUGAAGUGGUGUUGCCCAAAUCCAGUAGGAGAGGGAGGGAUAGUAGUGGGGAGGUAGGGCAGAGUGGGCAGUAUACUAGGCCAGAGACUUGGCACUGGGGAUAGUACCCAAGGCCCCCAGAGGGUGAGUAUUUUGUGGAGACUCUCUAAGAUAAAACUGGGCCUGAAGUAUAAGGCAUCAGAUAAGAGAAAUAUGAACUGAGAGUAGGCUGGGAAAGUUAGGGAACGUGGAGAUUGUUCUGCGCCAACUGACCAGCAAUGUCUGUCUCAAGUCAGUUUACUCUUUUGAUCUCACUACAAAAAGGUUAGUUUUAUUACUACAAGACAUGGAAGGAAGGGUUGGGGACUUAGCUCAGUAGUAGAGCGCUUCUGGGUUCGGUCCUCAGCUCUGGGGGAAAAAAAAAGAUACGGAAGGAGCUAACAUUUUUCUUCCUGUGGUUCACAUAUGAUUAGAAAUGUUAGAAUUUACCAGUCUUUUUUUUUUUUUUAAAGUAAAAGUAUCUAUAAAAGCUUAACUGUUAUGCCUAAUUAUAAUUUAUUAUGUUAGUUUUGGGAUUACUCACUUAUUGAGGCCAUUGGGAAACUUUCAGCCAGACUACAUAAAAUUAAAAAUUCUAUAGAAUUGUAUGUUUUGCUUUUUUUUUUUUAAAUGUAUUCAGGCUGUCUUCAAACUCAGUCUCAAAAUCUGCCUGCUUGUGCUACCAUACCUGGUUCGAGUUGUUUGUUUUAAGCAAGGUCCCACUAUGUAGCCCUGGUUGGACUAAAACUCGUUAUGAACACCAGGCUGGAUUUGAACUUAAUAGCUAUUCUUCUGCUUCAGUCUCUCCCUCCCCUUUUCCUUCCUUAUUACAAGGUCUCUCUGUGUAACCCUGGCUGUCCUGGAACUUGCUUUAUCAACCAGACUAGCCUAGAGCUCACAGAGAUCCUCUUGCCUCUGCCUCUUAAAUGCUGGGAUCAUUAUGAGCCACAUUUCAAGUUGUAUGUUUAGAACAAAAAUAUUUCAAGUUAGUGUUAGAUUUUCCAGGUUCUAUUUAGUUUCUUGUUUAAAAAAAGUCGUAAAUUGGCUUAAUGUUGUGAUUUUUAGUAUAUAAAAUUUGUUCCUGUCUGAAUGUGUAGAAAUCAUUAUGUAUGUAUUUCUUUAGGAUUUUCCUUGGUUAUAACAAUAUAUGUUCUAUAUGAAAAACAAAAUAUAUAAAAGCAUAAAGAUAAAAUGUUAACUAACAGUCAGUAUUAAUUUUGCAUCUUAAAUAUAGCCACUGCUGAUAUUUUGGUGUUUUUUGUUAACAAGUGAUACUAUAUUGUGUAUAUUUAGUAUUCAGCCUACUUUUCCUUGUCAUUAUAUCACAAGCAAUUACUGUGUUAAUAGAUGUUUGAAAUAUAUUUUAGUGGCUAUAUAAUAAUCUAGUGAAUGUACAUGUCAUAGUGUGUUUGACAAUUCCCAGUUAUUGUGUGUUUGCUUAUUUCUUUUUGAAUGCCUGUUACAAAUGACUAAUGGAAAGCUUGAAAUGUUUUCUUUAUUAAAGAUUUCUAGAAGUGAAAAUACUGGGUAAAGGAUAUGAAAAACUCGAGUGCUCUUAAUAAAAAUCACAAACUUGCUUCCAA